AUGAACUCACAUAUUACAGAGUAUCAGUGUCAAUACACCGAUCAAAUCAGAAAAAAGAAUAAGGUAUGGCAUGAUGGCAAACUAAAAUAUUUCCAAAUCAAUGAUAAGUUUCAGCUAUUCAGAGAAGAAGAUAAUAUACAAAUAUCAUCUCAAUUUAUUACAAAUAAAAAAGAAGUAGAAUAUAUACUUGAUCCUGAGAAUUUUGAUAAUAUUGAACAUAAAAUAUUUGGUAAAUAUAUAGUAAUAAUAUUGGAGAAAAUAAACGAAUAUGACAAAGAAGUGAAGAUCACUCUUAAACAUAACAAUAUCCCUCCAUCUCAAGCGAAUACUAUUCAUUUCAAUAAUAACACACUGCAUUUAAAUGGCCAAUCAGUAACUAAUACAAAAUCCAAUAGUCUCCAAGGGAAAGUAAUAGUAAAGAAACCUCUUUCGAGGAUCAUAACAUCGAAAGUGAUAGCAGAUACUUCCUCUAUUUCAGGAACUUCUUUAGCAUUAAAAAUGAAUAAGCCUUUUAAACGUCCAAGAAUGGCUAAUCAUCCGGAUUCUAAUCUUUCGAGGAAGAUCGUUAAAAAUAGGCCUAGUGUGAGAACUGAUAACGUAAGAUUAAAAGAAGAAGAUACAAGUAACAAUGAUACUAAUAUCAAGUCAAAUGAACUUCAUAACAAUGAUGCUAAUACCAAUUUAAAUAAACCUAAACCUCCUCUAAUUCCGAGUGAAAAUGAGAAGUUGCAAGCCAAUGUCGAGGAAACAUUGGUUGAGAAGCAAAGUACAAGUCCAAUUACAAAUAAUAUCAUCAUAGACAAACAUUACGCACAAGAUAAACCACCGUUGGAGAAGCAAAUUAAUACAGAUAAUAUUCUUCCAGAAGAGAAAAAAAUUUCAAAAUCAAUCAUUCAAAAGUUACCAAAUAAACAAUCAUCAUCGAGGAUAAUUAGUGGUAGAACUAAAAUACGUAGCAUUAGUCAUAAACCUAUUAGUCUCUGA